UGCCGUCCUCUUGGACGGAGUUACCGUCGCCGAGAUUAGCUGAGCACCUUGCCAUGGAAGCGUAUAAAAGCGAGGUGUGCGCCGUCGGAAACCUCAGCUCUCUUCCCUUUUUCCUUCGGAGCUCACGAAAGCAACGGUACUGGCUACCUUGCUUGAUUUCUUGACGACACCUGUACCACUUUCAUUUGUCUGUUUACGACAUUCACCUCGCUUCCACAUACACUAUAAGUCAUGCGCUCCGCUACUCUUUUCGCAUUCGUCCUCGCCGCUGUAUCUGCGGGCCCCGCUCUCGCAUAUCCCGCUCAGUACCAGUUCAGCCGUGACCUCGACUCCUUCACCCCCAGCGUAUGGGAGCGCGAUAUUCUUGACGCCUUGUUCGCUCGAGGCCCUCAAGGCCGCGGCGGCGAGAUGAAGCACGCGCAUGAGGGGAAAGACGAGGAGCACGAGGAGAAGCACGAGGAGAAGGAACAGCGCAAGCACUCCGGCUCCGGUAGGAUGGUCCCUCACGGCGGGCAGGGUGUCAAGGAGCCCCGUGCGCUUUACGAGCGUGACCUCCUCGAGGAGCUAUUCGCCCGCGUUGCUCCCUCAGCGGCCGGUGGCGACGAGCAGUCCGCCACUGACACCACGAGUGCCGGCGACGCGCAGUCUGCUCUUGGGGCUGCAGGUGCGGGCGCGGCACCGUCCGCCACUGGGGUGCAGGGUAACGGCCACGCCGAUGGCAAGCACAAGAGCGGCCGCAAGAACAAGGGCAGCCGCAAGAACAAGGGCGGCCGCAAGAACAAGGGUGGCCGUAAGCACAAGGGCGGCCGCAAGGGCAAGGGGAGCAAGAAGUCACGGGCUCUCGACGAGCGCGACGACCUUGAGGAGCUAUUCGCCCGUGUCGCCGACGGCGCGGACGGCGAGAAGCACUACGCUCCUGGAGUGGAGGAGCACGGUUACGCACACCAAGACAACCAGGGCAAGACCGGUAGCCGUCACGCUCGAUUGUUCGAUGCUCGCGAUUUCGAUGACGAGCUGUAUGCGCGUGACUUCGACGAGGAACUGUACGGUCGUGACUUCGCUGACGAGCUGUUCUGAAGUGUUGUGGGGAUGCUCUCUGACAAUGGCUCUGGCCCCGCAGUAGUACGAUGUCACGGUUGGAGUUGUACUAGUAGACAACGAACCAGGAAUUGUAUGCCGUAAUUGCGUGUUCAGGCUAGCUCAUCGAUCCGA